AUGCCCGACACUCCAGACGGCGCUAGUCGCCCCCAUCGCCAAGCAGUUCCACCCCCGUUGCCCGCUUCACAGCCUCCGCCUCCCCAGCAAGCUCCACCUGGAGUAAGGCGUGGCAUCGGCUCUAGCGCUGCGGCCAACCCAGGCGGAGCUCCCAAUGCGAACUCCGGCGCUGCUUCACAAGCGAAUGGAACUGUCCCGGCCGGCGCCACGGCCGGCAUGAGCGCUACUGGCAUUGGCUCCACUGCCACAGGGGUCGCCAACGGUGGUGGGCCUAGCAGUAGCGGCGCGCCGGCAUCGACAAACCCUGCUAAUCCCGGCGGCGGCCGCCCCUUCGGUCCCAACCCCAACUACACCGACUACCGGAACUUUAUCGACAUGAUACACCAGGACAACGUGAUCCUGCGCGACGUGGUCUCGCAGGCAGAGUCCCAGCAUCUGUCGGAGGCGCUGGCCGGCUUUGAACGGGCCAUUAUAGCGGCCCGCAACAGCGACGUUCACGCGACCUUCGCCUUCAGAUUCCCGCCAUGCUCGCAGGACUUGAGCGUCCUCCACAGUAGCGGCGUUGUCAUCGGUAUCGGCCGCGGUGAUCGAGGUCAUCAACACGGCAGCGCUGUGGAUGCGGCCGGCUGGGGAAGUUUUGGCGGAGGAAUCGGCUUUGAAGAGAGCCAUGCAAGUGGCAUGGGUCAGUUCCGCGGAGUAUCCACGAGCGGUAACGGUCAGAGCGUCGCCGAUGACGGGGCAAGCCGUGACGACGACUCGGAUAUUGACCGAUCUGAAAGCUGCGAGAGUUCGGAGGGAGACGAGAUCGAGAUGAACGACGCAGUCGAAGUCAACCCCGAACGCCUAGCAUAUCGGAACCUUGGAGGUACCGCGUCUCUUGUUCGGCCGGCCGUGGGUCGCUCGGCGGGCAUCGAGCCCGUUCCGGCAACUCCGCAGCCCUGGUCUCCCGCCGCUUCCUUGGAUCAGCGCCCCGGUCCUUCGACCGACGUGGUGCCGAAGCAAGAGCAUGGCACCGGUCGUCGCCCCGCUUUUGACUUCGAAGAUGGUAUGGAUGUCGAGACUCCCGAGGCGCGCGCCGACCGCAAGGGCAAGCGCAAGGCGGUUGAACCUCCUCCGGUGGAGACUCCGGCACAGCGCCGCCGACCUUCACCUCCUGUUGCGCCAAGGGGUGUUGCCGCUCCGACUGCUGCGAGGUAUCGUACGAGUCUGGCCCCGUCUCCGGCGUCGGCACCUGCUGGCUCAUCCUCAGGCACCCCUGCUCGUCGCGAUGCACCUUCGACUCGCACACCAGCUCGCCGCGACGGCCCUGCGGUGCACACCCCCGCUCAUCGCGAUGCCCAUACGACUCGCACACCUGCUCGUCGCGACCGCCCUGUGGCGCACACUCCUGCUCGCAGCGGCGCCCAUACGACGCCUGCGCCCCAUGGCGUCCCCGACCCCGAUCACGGCAACACUAUCGACCGUGCCCUUCGCAAUGCCGAGGCCUUGGCCGAUGAGACCUUCGAUUCCGAUGAUGCGACCUUCGCUGGCCGGACAAUGGUCUGGCAGGGCAGCCCGGCUGGUGUUCUGGCUUCCUCCAAUGCCACACCGAUGAGGAUUAGUAUGUCGCAAACCGUCCCGCUGCCCCGUGCCUUCCACUCCGUCCGACAGCCUCCGCAGUCGAGCCCCCUCGCCCGGCACCGGGUUGUAGCAGCAAGCCACGUCGAGCAUCUCACCCGCCGUUCAACUGCUCCCGCUGAAUCACCGGGUGGGAACGUGUCAUACGCGGAGGGUACGUCGCGUAUGCACCCGGACUACUCCGCAAUGUAUGCUGAAGGGAUCGACGAGGAGCGUAUGGUGAAGGACAGCUUCGUCACCUCUGCUCCUCCCGCUCAGCGCACAACAGGGAUGAGUGUUGAAGAGGAGGAAGAUGAGGCCGACAAGCACGGCGGCGGCCCUUCUGAGGAGAUGGAGGGCAUUGAUGCCUCGGACAGUGACGACAUCUCAGACCUUCACUCCUCGCAGGCUGACGUCUACGAAGAGAGCAUUGACGAUGAGAAGCACCGGGGCUAUGAUGAAGAGCUCGGCGACGAGAGGAAGUCCCUAGCCGACGACGAUGACGACCAGCUUACUCACCGCUCUCAGCUCUUGGAUAAAGGCGCUUUCGGAAGUGACGGCGUCUAUGACGACCCGGGCGAGCUCACUUCCCCCUCCCCCGAAAUCAAGGACAGGUCUCCCAUUUUCGACCCCGUACCUUCACCUCCUGACGAAUUCUCCGACCACUUCGACGACUCCGAUCUGCCUUACCCCCAUUACGACUGGUCGAUGAGCACGCCGCGCCGGGUUCACACCCAACUCUCCGAUAUCCGCGAGGAGUCGAUUUACAGCCCGGCACCCCUGCCGCGGUCGACCACCGUGAAUUCGAAGUCCACGGCUCAGCCUGCCGAGCCAGCUGCUCCAGCCGCACCAACCGCGCCAGUGGCUUCAGACGUGCCACUUCCGCAGAUUGGGCUUCCACCUCGCCCAUUGCCGGUGUUCAUUCGUCCUCCCCAGUUCCUGUAUCCGCCGCAGAGUUCUACCACGCGUACUUCCGCCUCAACCUUCGGCACACAGCGCCGUUCCCCUUCCGUUGAGCUCGUACCCGGACCGUCUCGAGCCGUGGAUCCCAACGAGACUGUCAUUUCGCUCAGCUCGAACGACACGGACCGCGGGCCGCCCCCGGGGCCAGUUCGCUCAUCCACCGAGGAGCGCGAGAACGUGGCCGAUCUGCUGGCCACCGGUCAACUCUCCCCCGACUCGCUGAGGGCGAAGCAGGCUGAAGAAGCUGCGGCUGAUGCAGCCGUUGUUGCAGGAAGAUCGAGUGGACCAGCACCAGCUGAGGGGGAGAUCGACGAGACCCAUGCCCACGAAGUGCAGCCCACACUGGAGCCGCCCGUGGAGGAGUCGAUGCCUCCUGAGUCAAGCACUGGCAAGACCCCCAAGCCAAGGCGCACUGGCAAGUCUCGCUCGUCCUCUCGUGAGCCGAGCGCCGAUCCCGAUGGGUUCCGCCCCACCCGCAGAAGCGGAAGGGCAACCAAGCCCGUCAGGUACAACGAGUGA